CAGCUCCUUACAGCCAUCCUCAGAGGAUUCCUGAUUAAACGCAGCGUGUCCGCUCCUAAUAAAGAGGCACCAGUCAACAGCUCCUGCUACCAGCUUCAGUCAGAAACAUGUGACUGUGGAUUUAAAUCCACCAGACCCAGCGCCGACCCGGGACCAGACGGUCCGAGCAGCCUGAAGGACGGCUGCUUCCAUCAGGGAUCAUCAGCCAAUCAGGGACUUUGCUGAGAUAACACUUCCUACGUAUUAAAUAAAUCUCAUUGAUGUGGUCAGGUGAGACACACAGACUGACCUUCAGGAGAUCAGACGGAGAAGGGAGGCGGAGAGGAGUUCAGUUUUUUCUCCUCCUGGUCAACAGGACAUGUGAUUAGUAUUUCUGCCGUCUCCCUGCUUUGCCCUGCAGUCAGCCCAGUCUGCGUCAGGAGGAAGUCCAUUCUGCAGGCGACCCGGUCCAGAGAGCUGAGUUACUCACACGGUGCUACGAAACAAGGAGUUACUCUUCUAGAAGCUUUAAACCUGAUAAAGCCUUAUUGAGCUUCCUUCCUUCCUCCGCUGUGCUGUGAUCCACCGGUCACCAAAGAUUUUCUCUUGGAUUUUUCUGAUUCCUCAGGUGACGUCCAGCAGCCAUCUUGUUUCCUCAUCAUGCCCGCCACUGAAAUGGGGAGGAAGCUGGAUUUGUCCAAACUGUCAGACGAGGAGGCCAAACAUGUUUGGGAAGUCGUCCAGAGAGACUUUGACCUGAGGAGGAAGGAGGAAGACCGGCUUGGUGAACUGAAGAGCAAGAUCGAGAGAGAAGACACCAAGAGAGAGUUGUUGGGGAGUCAGAGCAGCCUGACUGAGUCUUACUGCAUUCGUUGUCUUCAGCCCUUCAAGUUCCUGGUCAACAUCAAGCGCCAGUGUCUGGACUGCCGGCUUUACGUCUGCAAGUCCUGCAGCCGCUUCAGUAAGAGAGACCAAGGCUGGGUGUGUGAUCCCUGCCACAUGGCCAGGGUCCUUAAAAUUGGUACUUUGGAGUGGUAUCAUGAGAACGUCCGUGCCCGGUUCAAGCGCUUUGGCAGUGCCAAGGUGAUGCGGUCGCUCUUUAAGAGGUUGAGCAAGGAACACAUUUGCUCUCAGAGCGACCCCGGAGAGCCGCGUGAGUACGACACACAGAGCAUGCCUGAGGUCCACAAUGGAUAUGAGGAGACCAGCCUGGAUGCCUCAGACUCAGGACACCUCCAAGGGAUGAAGAAGGCCAAGCGGCGUUUAACUGUGGAUCCGGUUGACUUCAUCCUGGCCUCUGAUUACUCCAGUAACUGCCGAGCUCAGCAGGAUCAGAUCAGCCACCAGGCCUCCGGCGCUCAUGACGGCGGUCUGAGGGAGGCGAUGCUCGCCGAGGCCGACAUGGAGGCCGUGUUUCAGCAGAUUGUCCAGGAGCAGCAGCAGCGUCUGGAAAUGACUCCUCAGCACGAUGAGAUGGGCUUCCUGGAGACCCGCACCAUCCCGUCCCGCUCCAUGUCCCGGCUCAGCUACUCCUCCGGGGGCAGCGGCAGCGUGGGCGGGCCCAGAGGCUGCAGCAGCUACCUGCCCAGCCUCGACGACUCGGAGGCGGAGGAGGACCACUGCCAGCGGUACCCGGGCUGCCGGGCCCAUCCGGGCCCCUGCAGCCACACCUCUGAGGAGAGCCUGAACUCCACAAGCACAGCGCCACAGCUCAGUGACCUGAACAGACGAAUGUCCGCCAUCGAGACCCUCCUAAAUCGCUUAGAGCAGAAGGUGACGUCAACAAACAAGGACAGCAGAACCCCGACCCCACAGGGUCCGUCCCCCCGUCCUCCUCAGUGGGAGGAGGUGGACCUGGAGGAGCAGCAGCUCAGGCAGAAGCUGCACCAGUUGACGGACAACAUCAGCGACCACAGUCUCACUUCUGAUGAAGACGAGUGCGACAGGCCUUCCUCCUCCCAAGGAGUCCCAAGCUGGUGGAGUCCACAGGGGGACCGCCGGCCCUCCAGGAUCCCCACCAGGCCCACAUCCAGAACCAGCAUCAGCAGCUCCAGACUGGAAGAGGAGCUGCCUCUGCAGUGGGACUCUCUGAAGGGCGACUCUGUGUCUGAGAGCCCAGAGAGGAGGGAGCCGUCCACAGCCAGCUUCAGAGGUUCCACGGCUCUGCUGGUGGAGCUGGAGGACAAGGUGGCUCAGGCCGCCGCCAACGUGCAGAGCGCCCAGAGUCAGGUGUCCUUCAUAGAGAACCGGAUCGCUGCUCUGAAUGCUGCUGGGAUGCCAGCCGAGGGAAGGAGGAGGUCGGCCAUCCCGGUCCAAGCUCGGAGGCUCUCCCACAACUUUCCCACAAAAGCCGGUCAUGACGCAGGGCUCAUGAGGAGGAGGCUGAGCAUCAUGUGACCUUCACCGCUCCAGGAAGAGCUUCGGCCGUUUGGGAGGACGUGGAGACGCAGCGUGACGUCAGACGUUAGCAGGACGCUGUUACAGCCGGCGGCCAUGUUUGUUAUUAACCCCGCCAUGUUUAAUCCUAACCAAGCAUGAAUCAGUGUGUAACCAUAGCAGCGACGAGAUGUUUGCUCCUGAUGGAGCUUUACCUGUGAGAUGUUGGUGAUGAAACACCUGCCUCCUCGUUUCAUAGGAACUCUUUAAACGUGAAGUUUCUAUCAUUUAUAUAGUCUAUUUUGAUGAAAUUGUAUUAGAACGUGUUCUAGCUGUAUUUGAUCUUCAGACACGUCUCAUUUCUGUGUGUUUUGAGAACCGACCUCAGGUUCUCAGUGGGGUUCUGAUCCUGGGACCACAUGUCCAUUAUGUCAGCGUUCUGAUCUUUGAGUCUCUGCAUCUUCGCUCCGUCAGGCUGGAGAACCUCAGAUCGUCACCAUGCCGUUCCUGAAUGACGCUUAGAGUCUUCAUCCUUCAUCCCAGUAGGUAGAACUGGGAUGAAGCUCAUCCUGUUCGUCUGAGAACGUUCUCAGCACUGUUUGAUGACUGGAGGUCGUCUAAUGAGGAACGGGUCUUCUGCAGGUCUGCGUCACACUCAAACAUCUGGAGAACAAACGUCUCUCACAGCUUUUUGCAUGUUUCUUAACAACAACGCCACUCACAAGAUGGCGGCAGUAUGGUCUUACGAUGCAGACGCUCUUCGUCUGUGAAAUCCACCAAAGAACCAAACUAUCCUCUCAGAGCUCAGAGCGUGCCGCUGAAUGAACCCGAUCAGAACAUUUUUCUGAAAGAAGCCGACUCCUGAGUCCAGGAUCAGAAAUGUAAAAGUAUGUUUGUCAUUUAAACGUUUUCAGUGAUGUUAAUAAAGUGGAACAUGGAGGAACUGAACAAUUAAAGAAUGACUCAGACGCUUUAAAUGCAGGUUUUAUUGAGAUGCAUCA